AUGGACGAUAUGCCCGGACUGACAAUAAUAGAAGAUGAGGCCGAAUUGCGGCUAGAUACCGUCGAAAAGGCAGAAAUACUGCUGGCUGCGAUAGAUGACGUACUCGAACUGCUAAUCAGCGAAGAAAUAGCGAAUGCCGAAGAAGACGAGGUAAUGCUGAUUGGGCUUAUACUCGACGUCACUAUACUCGUUGAAGUUGUCGCUGUCGUGACCGUCGUGGGUGUAAUUAGACUUGUCACCGUGGUUGGGGUAGUCGCUGUGGUUGGUGAUGUAGCUGUACUCAAGGUGGUCGCUGGCGUUGGAGUUGUUGCAGUUGUGGGUGUGGCCGAGGUAGCCGUAGCCAAGAUCGAGGUCAGCGAGGAAGAGUUACUAGAACCUACACUGCUUGAUACUGAGGUCGUGGUUAUCGCAUCCGUUGUCGCUCUCGUGGCCGUGAUUAGAUUUGUCGCUGUCGUUGGUGUUAUUGCAGUCGAAGGCGUCGUGGCCGUGGUAGACGUAGAUAGAACCGAGCUGAAACUUGAGGCAGCGGCCGAAGACAAGUCCGCCGGAGAGGAAACCGAAGAUGAGACAUUCAAACUGUUCGAAGACGACAAAGAGGAGCUGGAGCUUGGGGAAGAGUUCCUCGAGAAAGAUGAUGCAAUGCUUGAAGAGCUUGACGCAGUCGCGGAAGCAAGGUCUGCGGAGGAAGAUGCCACGGAUGAUAUAGAUGACGAUACGCUUGAGCUGCUGGAAGAGGACGCGCUGGAUGAGGAAGAGCUCGCUGAGGAUGACAAGGAGCUGCUGACACUUGAGGAGGAACUGCUGGAGAAUGAAGAUGAUAUCGAGGCUGUCACUGAAGCCUCAUUCGCGGAGAAUGAUAAAUCUGAAGUUAUCGAUGAUGAAACGCUCGAGCUGCUUGAGGACGACGCGCUUGAACUUAAAGAAGACGACAGACUGGAGCUCACUGAACUGGAGGAGGAAGAACUGCUUGAUGAUGUCGCUGAGGCCAGACUUGCGGAAACGCCUUGA